GCUGCUGCUGCUCUCAGGUCCGCCUCUUCGGACAGGUCAUAGAGUUGAAGUUCAGAACUCGAUGCUUCUCCAGGAAUGGAACUGAGCUCCGUUUUCUUCCGAAAGAGUGGUCUUUUUAGGAAGGAUGUCAACUGGGAGCAGUGGUUGUUAGAAAUGGAGCCUGGUUUUUGCAGUGUCAGCGUUUUAAGGAAAUUGACAACCAGAAACUCCUCAGUGCCCUUUGAACGUCCAGAGUCGCAGGAGGCUUGGAGCGCCUUAAAAGCCAGUUUAUGGUUAUUUGUUUCUGUAUGACAGUAGCUCCAAAAUAAAGGAGAAAAACUUCCACAUGGGGGUGCUGCAGGCCCCUAACAAACUCUUCUUUAGACCAAACGUCUGAUGACAUCCUCUAAGUGCGUAGAUGACCUUUCUUGUCAUCUUUUCUGUUGUACUACAAACACAAACCAACCCAAACCAAAAACCACUUCAGAAUACUUAACUUUCUGUUCUUCUGCUGGCGGUCAGCAAGUGCCUAAAAAGAGAAGAGGGGGGAUCCCAUCAGGUUAAUUAUUCACAGAAAGUCUGUUGGCUUUGGUCACAGAUCUUUGUCUAUUUCAUCUGGACUGUCGUAUUGGGUUAUUGGGGGAUUGAGGUCCCCUGCAUUUCAGUUUAGGGGCUCUUGGAGGUGGCGACUGCUCUGGAGGAAAAGUCAGAUCGUCAGCAAGAAUGCUGUUUAUUAUGGUGCCGACAUCACAAAACCUCCAGGAGCCAGCCGGGAUCGUUUGUUGGCAGUACAUAUUGGCUGAAGUCAGUUUUCAUUUCAAGAUGUUCUCUUCCGAUGGGCUUUUGGUGUAGGAUGUUGGAGAACCAAGAGCUGGAGGAGGUGAUCACCGUGCGAGUUCAGGACCCCCGGCUGCAGAAUGAGGGCUCCUGGAAUUCUUAUGUGGAUUAUAAGAUAUUCCUCCAUACGAACAGCAAGGCCUUUACUGCCAAGACCUCCUGUGUGCGACGGCGCUACCGUGAGUUUGUGUGGCUGAGGAAGCAGCUACAGAGGAACGCGGGCUUGGUGCCUGUACCAGAACUUCCCGGAAAGUCCACUUUCUUUGGCAGCUCUGAUGAGUUUAUUGAGAAGCGACGUCAAGGUCUCCAGCAUUUCCUGGAAAAGGUCCUGCAGAGCGUGGUUCUCCUGUCCGACAGUCAGUUGCAUCUCUUCCUCCAAAGCCAGCUCUCAGUGCCCGAGAUCGAAGCCUGUGUCCAGGGCCGGGGCUCCAUGACGGUGUCUGACGCCAUUCUUUCCUAUGCUAUGUCCAACUGUGGCUGGGCCCAGGAGGAGAGGCAGAGCACCUCUCACCUGGCUAAAGGAGACCAACUUAACAGUUGCUGCUUUCUUCCAAGAUCAGGAAGGAGGAAUUCCCCUUCACCACCUCUCAGUGAAGAGAAGGACCACGUAGAAACCUGGGCUCCAGUAAUCGACUCUGAAGGCCCAUCCUUAGACAGCCCCAUGCUGCCACCCAGCUCCUCGCCAGCCUGCUGUGAUCCGGCAAGACCAGAUGAGGGACUCUCUGGGUCCCAGCCUGCGAGAAGGGCUGUGGCAGGGGACCCUGCUGUGCCUUUGGAUCCUGGUCAGCUAGACACAGUGUGGGGAAAGUGAGCUGUGGCUGUUCUCUCUGUUCUCCUGGGUGGUGGAGAAGAUGCCGCCAGGGUCACAUUCAGGUGGGGUUGAGGACAGGGCGGGUGUGGGGAAGUCGGGUUGAGCAUCCUCCAUUCAAAUCUGCGCAGGUUUGUCAUGCAGAGGUUCUGGCUGCCUGCUACAGCUCCUCCAUGGGAACAAACACCACACUGGUGUUUGUGAGUUAGGUGCAGGGCCCAGAAGCUGUUGGUUUUAAAUAGAACUGUAUUUACUUUCCCAGGAGGUGAGUUUCUUCAGGUGUUUGUUUAAAGAGAACUGUCACAGGCGAAUGGUGAAUGUUGGAGAACCCCUUCGUGGUAGAUCUUUAGCUGCCAUGUUGGACAUUCCAUGUUGGACAUUGUCCCAACAGACAGUUCCUAUCGUUCUAUUCCCUUCUUGGCAGGCUUCCAUUUUUGCUGUAGCCCCUGGAGAUUUUGGUUGUGGGAGGCUGACCUCUUGCUUGCCUCCUUGUGUGGACAAGGUAGCAAAGAUGUAGUUGCCCCCUCCUUGCCUUGUGGCCACAAUGUGACUAUUUGCUGGGCUUUCCAGCAUCUUCCAAGACCUCACCAGGUUAAGUGGGGCCUGAGAGGUGUAGGCAGUUAAAGCCUAUCCAGGCAUGGCUGGCACAGCCAGAGGGAAAGGAACAGGUCGGAGGCGUUGCUUGGGCAGUCUGGGCUGCCCAUCUUCUGCUUAUAAAGUAGAGCUGGUGUUUCUGCAGGAUUGAAGUGGGCUCCCUUUUUCAGAUCCUUUUCUUCCUCUCUUAAUAACUCCAUGACCCCAGAGCUUUGACUGCCAGGGCCUACGGCUGCAUUCCUUGGAAGCUGCAAGUUCAGUCCAGUGGGGCCACAGGCUUUGUUUCGGCCGGGAAGUGAGGGCUGGGGAUGGAGGUAAGGAGACCUAAGCUGUCCUGCAGACAGUGCGGCUCCUGUCUCCUGCUGCUGAAUGGGCUCUGCAGAGAGCAGGGGCUGCUAGCUGGAGUGCUAGGGCGGGCUGAGUGCCGGGCUCACCUUGCCACUGCUCUGCUCUUAGGUUUGUGUGUGUGUCUCACUCUGGCCAUCCACUCCAGCUGUGCGGUCCACCUCAGCUGUGGCACUACUGGCCUGCAUUGUGGGACUGGCCUGGCAUUUAGUUCAGAGUCGAGGGGCUUUGGCCUGAAAUAAAAUGCAAGUAUUUAA